UUUCAAAAACUCUUGAUUAAAUUUAGUGGAUUUAAAUUUAGGAGAUAAGAAUGAGCUUCUGGCUUUUUAAAAAUGUAUUUUAAAAUAUUGUAGGUGUUGCCGUUGUUUUCAAAAUAUUUUUUUUGUGUUUAAAGUCAGAUUAUGAGAAAAUUGCAUUUAUCUCUUAAACGAUGGAAGAUUGUCCCUUACUCCCUUAUAUUUUUUUUCCUUAAAUAACCUAGAGAAUCUUUUGCUAUCAUUUGUUUUAUGAAAUUUAAGAAAAAAAAUGGUUGUGUUCAAAAAAAAUUUAAUUGUAAUUUUAAAAAACAAUACGGUAACAUCGGCAAUUUUUAAUCUAUAGACUUUAAAGCAUUUUUAAUUGCCUACGUUUGAAAAAAAAUCGUCAAAAUCUGAGCUGUUCGGCCGGUCUUAAGCCGCUUCACCUUUUGAACAAAUAUUUUCUUGUAUCCCUUUCAUGCCACUUAUAUUUACGACAAAACAUGUAUUUCCUUUUAAGGUUCCUGGGAGGAAGCAGUUCAGAAGGAAAAGGAUGCCGAGUAUUUGUCUUCUUCUGAAGAAAAUACGGAAGAAGUGACCAUCGACACCAAUUCUUCGGAAUACAUGACAGAUAUGAACAAAUUGAUGUCAACUUUGAUUCCUAAUUCUGGUAAGUUUAAAAUGUAUAAACAUGGGAACAAAGUUACUAAUUUUGUCAUACUUACUUCUCAUUUUCAAGACGUUUCCUCGUUCACCCCCCCAAAUGAAGAUGUUACCAUCACUAAUGUCAUUUCCGACUUAUACACGUUUGAAGGCCCCAGCACCAGUACCCAAUUCAAGGAACUGUCGUCCAAAAUAGACGAAAUUUUGGAAAGACAGCGUUCCACUGAGGUGAAGGUGCAGGCCAUGCAAGGAAUGCUGGAGGCAUUCAUGGCGAAGUCCGAAGUUUCGGUCAAUUUGUUGGCGUCCAAAAUUGCAAAAGAGAAUGCAGAGGAAGUGGAUGAGGAACUGCAACUGGAUGAAAUUUUCCCACUUACCUCUGUCCAACAAAUUGAGGAAAUCGAGGAAAAACUCCAUCAAAAUGCAGCAUUCAAAAAAAAAUUGGUCCGUAAGUUGAGCUCCUAUGGGGGGGCCAACGGAAUGAAAACGAUCCGCACUAUUUGCAAGUGCAUUUUUACGGAUCCACUACUGGCAGAACAUUCUUGGCUGGGGACUAAUGCCAAAAAAAGUUUCAGCCAAUACAAAUUCCUGUAUAAAACUAUAUUGGAAGCGGUCCGAUCAAGGUACCCCACUUAUAGUGAAGCUGAGGGUGCUUCAUUUUUUAAAGGCUUUUUGAAGCAAGCCCCAUUUCGAAUGGGAAAACCGUCCACAAAUACCAGUUCCAACACCAGCUCCUCUGCCUCUGACGGGCAAUCCACAACAUAAUUAAGUUAAGCUAUUUUUUAUUUUUAGUUUUAGUUUUACUUUUACUUUAAGUUUUAGUUUUAGUUUUACUUCAUUAAAUAAUGUUUCACUAAACUUAAAUUUCAGCGUUCUUAUUUCAAAUAUUAAAUUUUCAGCUGGGAAGAAUCUUAUGGUUUGCAGCAUGUUGGUAAGCAAACAUUUUAUAGGUUUUUUAAAAUCUGUAAAUAACCGGUUAUAAAAAAGCUGUGAAGUAACGUUUAUUACAGGUUUUAUAAGAACCUGUACGAAGUUAUUUACAGGUUUUAUAGAAACCUAUAGGUAAGCGGUUAUAAAAAAAACCGUCAAAUAACGUUUGUUAUAGGUUUUAUAAAAACCUGUACAACGUUUAUUACAGGUUUUAAAAAAACUGGAAGAAAACGGUUAUAAAAAAAACCGUUAAAUAACGUUUAUUACAGGUUUUAUAGAAACCUAUAGGUAAGCGGUUAUAAAAAAAACCGUCAAAUAACGUUUGUUAUAGGUUUUAUAAAAACCUGUACAACGUUUAUUACAGGUUUUAAAAAAAACGGGAAGAAAACGGUUAUAAAAAAACCGUCAAAUAACGUUUAUUAGAGGUUUUAUAAAAACCUAUAGGUAAGAGGUUAUAAAAAAAACCGUAAAUUAACGUUUAAUACAGGUUUUAAAAGAACUUGUUAUAUUACAGGUUUCAAAAAAACCUGUAAUAACGUUAAUUACAGGUUUUAUAAUAACCGUAGUAAAACGGUUAUAAAAAAAACCGUCAAACAACUCAGUACAGGUUUUUUUUAAACUGUAUAAUAACGGUUUGUAAACGGUUAUAAAAUAGCCGUAAAUGGUUUAUUUCAAGUUUUUCUUUGACUAAAAAUAAACAGUUAUUUAAUAACCGUGAAAAUUAGGUUUUUAAAAACCCAGUAUUUGUAGAAAAAAGUGGGUUUUUUAAAAACCCGAUUUAGACGAAGUUAAAAAAUAACUGACCAUUUUCGGUUGUGGAGACGUUUCUGGAACGUCUUAAAUACGUUUAUUUAACGAGUUUAGUAACUUAUCCGUUAAAUAACCAGAGUAAAUAUCCGGUUUAUUUUCCGCUUUCUAACCACAAAAUGUUAUU